AAUUCUUUCUGAUUGCUGAUUUCCCACCAGGACUUUGUCUUCUAUGCUCCCCGGCUGCGGAUUAACAAGCGUAUCUUGGCCUUGUGCAUGGGGAACCAUGAACUAUACAUGCGCCGUCGCAAGCCUGACACCAUUGAGGUGCAGCAGAUGAAGGCACAGGCCCGGGAGGAGAAGCACCAGAAGCAGAUGGAGCGUGCUAUGCUGGAAAAUGAGAAGAAGAAACGUGAAAUGGCAGAAAAAGAGAAAGAGAAGAUUGAACGGGAGAAGGAGGAACUGAUGGAGAGGCUGAAGCAGAUUGAGGAACAGACUAAGAAGGCUCAACAAGAACUGGAAGAACAGACCCGUAGGGCUCUGGAACUUGAGCAGGAACGGAAGCGUGCCCAGAGCGAGGCUGAAAAGCUUGCCAAGGAGCGUCAAGAAGCUGAAGAGGCCAAGGAGGCCUUGCUGCAGGCCUCCCGGGACCAGAAAAAGACUCAGGAACAGCUGGCCUUGGAAAUGGCAGAGCUGACAGCUCGGAUCUCCCAGCUGGAGAUGGCCCGACAGAAGAAGGAGAGUGAGGCUGUGGAGUGGCAGCAGAAGGCCCAGAUGGUACAGGAAGACUUGGAGAAGACCCGUGCUGAGCUGAAGACUGCCGGAAGGAGAAAGGAACAAAAGGAACUCAUACUUGA